AUGGGAGCCUCCAAAUACCUCACUCCCGAGCAAGAAGCCGCCGCCCGCGCAGCCGAGGCCGAAGAGCAAGCCGCCCUGCCGUACAAAUGGACACAGACCAUCAGCGAGAUCGACCUGCAGUUUUCCGUCCCGGGCAACCUGAAGAGCCGUGACCUGGUCAUAGACAUCAAGAAGCAGAAGCUCGUCGCGGGAAUCAAGGGCCAGGAUCCCAUCGUAAAUGGCGACCUCCCCCACCCCGUACAGACCGAGGACAGCACAUGGACGUUGACCUCGGCCCCCGACGGCACCAAGACGGUCGAGGUCCACCUCGAUAAGCUCAACAAGAUGGAGUGGUGGGCACACGUCAUCACCUCCGCCCCCAAGAUCGACGUGACCAAGAUCCAGCCCGACAAUAGCAAGCUUUCCGAUCUGGACGGCGAGACCCGCGGCAUGGUCGAGAAGAUGAUGUACGACCAGCGGCAGAAGGAGCAGGGCAAGCCCACGAGCGACGAGCAGAAAAAGACCGACAUCCUCAAGAAGUUCCAGGAGCAGCAUCCCGAGAUGGACUUCAGCAAUGCCAAGAUGAGCUGA